AUGGAGUCAAAACACAAGGUCGCCACGCCUUAUCACCCUCAAACCAGUGGGCAAGUUGAAGUCUCCAACAGACAGAUCAAGGCCAUAUUGGAGAAGACUGUGAGCUUCACUAGGAAAGACUGGGCAGCAAGGCUUGAUGAGGCACUUUGGGCUUAUAGAACAGCCUACAAAACCCCCAUUGGAAGGUCUCCUUUCAAUUUGCUGUAUGGGAAGGACUGCCACUUACCUGUGGAGGUCGAAUAUAAGGCUUUAUGGGCAGUAAAGAUGCUGAACUUUGAUAUAAAGGCAGCACAAGAAAGGAGGGUAAUGAACUUGUUUGAGCUGGAGGAGAUAAGAAUGAAUGCCUAUGAGAACUCUAGGAUUUACAAGAUGAGAACCAAGGCAGCCCACGACAAACUGAUUCGCCUUAAGGACUUCAAGGUUGGGGACAGUGUGCUCUUGUAUAACUCCAAGCUAAGGUUGUUUCCCGGGAAGCUGAGGUCAAAGUGGGCGGGACCAUUCAAGAUUCACGAAGUUCUACCCUAUGGGUCCCUCACUUUGCUCAAUCAAGAGGGGAAGGAAUUCACAGAGCAGGUUUUAGGAAGACGAGUGGCAACUCGAAGCACAACUCGAUCGAGUGAGAUCGAGCCAAGAGCUGAGAGACUUGUUCAAGCCCCUUGUGUGCUUGAUGAAGAGAGCCUUCAAGCUUUGUUUGAUGAGCCACUAGGAAGGGCUCUACAAGAAGGGGAGGAUGCAGCCUCUAAGGCAAGACCAGGAGAUAAAAGAAAGGAUCCACCAGCUCAGGCCCCUUCAGUCAAGCCAUCUCAGCUCACAAUGACUUUGUUCCCCACCAAGUUUGAAAAUGGGAAGAUUGAGUACAAGAUAAGGUACAAGGGGAGAUCAAGGCCAUUCUCUAGAGCCAAGGCCUUGGUGACUUCAGAACAGUCCAGGGACCCAACCAAGCUAAAGGAGCUUCUGUCUCAAGUCCUCACUAUCACCCUUGAUGGUGGGACUAGCUCAACCAAUGCCUAA